UCGAAGCCUCGCUUUGUUGUUUUUGCGAUCAACGACAGGCUCGCCUGAACCGACAGGAUGGCUUCUCGAAUUCCCCAGUUCAACCAGCAGGUCCUUUACGACACCACUCCCUUGCCGGACUCGAUCCCCAAGGUCAAGGAGCUCGGUGCCAGUUCUGCCCCGCUUAUGUCGGCCGCCUACUUCAUCGGAGCCCGGUGCCGCGAUUACAACGAUGAUUUUAUGCAGUGUAAGAACGAGAACCCUGGAAAGGGCGAGUUUGAGUGUUUGAAGGAGGGCCGAAGGGUUACCCGAUGCGCUCGGAGCGUUAUCGCCGACAUCAACAAGUCAUGCCUGGAAGAGUUCCGCAAGCACUGGACAUGCCUUGAGGACAACAACCAGCAGCUCUGGCAAUGCCGACCUGCCGAAUGGAAGCUGAACAAGUGUGUUUUUGAGAACUUGGGUCUCAAGAAGGAAAUCCCCGACCAGCCCCCCAACGUCACACCCGUCCACCUCAGGAAGCAGAUGAUCUAUGCGCAUUGGCCCAUCCCCCGUUCCGCCGAGCCUUUCGUUCCCCCAACACAGACUGGUGACAAGGCACCAGCUGCCGCUUCGUCAUCGUCGUAAGGUCAAUUCAAGCAGGAGUGAAGGGGAAGAAGGGGAAGGGAAGCCUGGCAGAACAACAGGACUAGCAGGAAGAACAGAACUGCAAGGAGAAUAUGCCAAGGGCGAUGAUAAUUCCCAGAAAGACGGUAUGGUAAUGAUCAUAACUUCUACAUACCCUCUAGGACCAUAUGGUAAAGAUGAAUAGACAAUGCAAACCAAGCGGUUGAGGAUAGAACUGGGCGUUGUCUGUGUAGGCUGGCAUGUAAUGUGUCAGGGCAGGGGGCGCUUCGAGUUGAACGACAGCACACUGUACAUACGUUUAUCCACUUUCGUCAUAACGGCCAUAAAGACAACACUCGCGAU